UAAGACGUGUAGUAGUAUGUAUCUGUUCUGCGAAAUUUUUCAUUCCGUUUCUUUUCCCCGUACGUUCAAAUGUGUCAUGCUAGUUAUCUGAGAUUUUGCAAUUGAUUUUUAUCAUUUAUUAUAUGAAACUAUCGUUUUUACGAUAAUAAAUACGUAUCAAAAGAAAUAAAAAGGUGCACGCAAUGUUACCGAUCAAUUGUUUACAAUUGGAAUUCUAAACAGCUUCGAGGACAUAUGACCGAGACAUAGCAGUCUACAUUGAUUCUGUGGAUCCCGAAAUCAUUGAUAACGUACGAUGAUCAACACAAUCUGGUUGAUUUUUUUCCUUGCGCUUUCAACGACUAAUACCAUUGCUUCUCAAUGUAAAGAAGAUAAUAAUUGCACAUGCCAACCAACUUAUUCGAACGAGAUAGAAAUUUAUUGCCAAGCUGAGAAUAAUUCGGAAUUCAUCCUAAACAUUCAUCCGAAGGAUUACUUGCAGAUAACUUGUCAAAAUUGGAAAGGAUGGGAACAUUUUCGUUUUACGAGCACACUACCUGGAAAGGAAUUAAAUUCGCUGCUCUUCCGAAUAUGCGGAUUAUCAAAAAACAUCAGUUUAGGAAACGUGGCUAAACAAAUGGGAGUGGAAACCGUCAACAACUUACUCUUUCAAUCCUUUAAUAAUCUUAGUGACACAUUAACGAGAGAGCAACUUGAAGGCUUUCCAAUGGUGAGAAAAUUAAUCUUGUCUAGUAAUGGUUUCUCGAAGGUCCCAAAGGAUUUAUUGAUGAACUUUCCCGAAUUGGAGCGCCUUGACUUACACGAAAAUAAUCUCGAAUUACCAGUUGGUAUUUUCGAUUUCACUCCGGAACUCAAAGAACUCGAAUUAGGCAACAAUGGAAUGAAGACGAUCAAAGUUGGGAUGUUUGAUAAAUUAGGAAAACUUAAUUUUCUAAAUAUUUGGGGGAACCAAUUGACGGAAAUCGAAAUAGGACUAUUCGACAAAUUAGUCUCAUUACAAUCAUUGGAUCUAAGCAGGAAUAAAUUAAUGACGCUACCGUCAAACGUUUUUGACCAAUUAAAAAAACUGGAGAAACUUCAUCUUUCUUUUAAUAAUUUCUCUUCGCUACCGGAAGGAUUGUUUAGCCAAACCGAAGCAUUACAAACGGUAAAAUUGACCGACAAUUAUAGGAACUUGACCACCCUGCCAGAUAAUCUUUUUGCAAAUUUGACGAAGCUCGAAUUGGUAUGGUUGAAAAAAAAUGGACUGAGAAUUCUACCAGAAAAUUUAUUCUGGGGUGCGUCGUCGUUGAAGAAUAUCAGCCUAGAUAGAAACUUCCUUAUUACUUUACCAAAGAAUAUUUUUAAAGGUCUAGAAAAUGUUGAAAUACUCGACUUGAAUUUCAAUGACAUUGUAACUCUUCCUGAUAAAAUCUUUGACGACAUGAACAAAUUGACUAAACUUGAUUUAUCUAUGAAUCGUAUGGUUUUUUUAUCUAGACAUCUAUUCGAAGGCUUGAAAUCUCUAACUGAACUGAACAUGGAAAAAAAUAAAUUAAAAACCAUCGACAGUAACACUUUUACUUACGUAAGAAAUCUACGAGUUGCUAAAUUCUCUCACAACGAGCUUCAAUUGAAUUCAUCCGAAUAUCAGAAUGUUAAUCUGUCACCAUUUUAUAAAUGUGAUUUGCUGGAAGAAUUAUAUUUAUCUAACAAUAAUGUAUCGGAAAUAUAUAGCGAUUGGUUGAUAAGUGGCACGCAUUUACGAUUAUUAGAUCUCAGUUACAACGACAUAAACAUCAUAUCGAUGGAAGAUUUGCAAUUCGUAUCGAAAAAAAUUAAAGUCAAUCUGAGUUAUAAUAAAAUAAGACACAUUUUAUUGGGCCAAGCCGAAAUUAUUGGAAGUUUUCAAGAGACUCCACGAGAUGUGAUCAUAUACGUUGAACAUAAUCCCUUACUCUGUGAUUGUUUUUUGUACGAAUUUUUGCGUUUUCUCGAGGGUAGAAUGCAUCCAAAUGUUCAAAAUUACUUUCACAUUGUAACAGGAAAUUUAACGUGCAUCGAACCAAAUGGAGUAGACGAAAUAGAAAUUAGUCGAUUACGUUCGAAGACUUUAAAAUGUGUCGAGGAACAACACUUGUAUAUUAAAAGCAAGUGUCCAAUUAAUUGUUCUUGUUGGAUGAUCCCGGAAGACAAAGCUCGUUUAAUAGAUUGCUCAUAUACAAAUUUGUCUGAACUAUUGAUCGACAAGACAGUAAUGAACGAUUUGAAACCUAUUAAAGGUUAUCAUAUAAAAUUGAAUAUUACUGGAAAUGCUUUAAUAGAAGCACCGUCUACAGAACUUUUAGGAUCAGAAUAUGUGACGGAUUUAAUUCUGUCUAACAACAAUAUCACUAAAAUUUCACUUGACAAAUUACCAAAAAAUCUCAAAGUAUUAGAAUUGCAUAAUAACAAUAUAUCUAGGAUUGAUUUGGACGUACUGGAUUACUUGAAGAAUAUGACUUCACUGAAAAAACUUACUUUGCAUAAGAAUCCAUGGAAAUGCGACUGCGAUGCACGAGACUUGCUUAGCUUUAUCCAAUCGAAACUAAUAGACCUUCCUGAUUUAAGAAAAGUCACGUGUAAUAACAUGAAUAUUUCUAUGUUGGAAAUGACUAUUAAUGAUUUUUGUCCAAUCGAGACAGUGAUAGUCAUUGGCAUAAGCUUUACAAUCGCAUUAUUGUGUUUGUUUAUCGGUGGACUAGUAGCACUAUAUUACAAAUACCAACGAGAAAUCAAAGUUUGGUUGUACGCCCGUCAAUGUUGUUUAUGGUUCGUCACAGAAGACGAAUUAGAUAAGGAAAAGAUAUAUGAUGCAUUUAUAAGUUAUUCGCAUAAAGACGAAGAAUUUGUUGUAAACGAAUUGGUACCAAAGUUGGAAAAUGGUCCAAGACCGUACAAAUUGUGUUUGCAUUACCGUGAUUGGCUAGCAGGUGAAUGGAUUCCAACACAAAUCACACGUUCAGUGGAACAAUCGAGGAGAACGAUCGUUAUAGUGUCACCUAACUUUUUAGAAAGUGUUUGGGGUGCCAUGGAAUUUCGUGCAGCUCACAGCCAAGCUAUGAACGAAGGUAGAGCCAGAGUUAUAUUAAUUUUAUACGGUGAUAUUGGCCCUACGGAUAAUUUGGAUACUGAAUUCAAAGCUUACAUAAAUAUGAAUACGUAUGUUAAAUGGGGCGAUCCGUGGUUUUGGGAUAAGUUGAGAUACGCGUUACCACAUCCGCCAGAACUUACGAGAAAACUAAUUAAAAAGAAAAUCUUUGAAAAACAUUAUCCUUGUAUACAAAUCAAUGGAGAAAAGAAAGAAUUGAUAUAUCCAUCUGGAAUCCCUGAUACACCACCAGCUGUGACUACUCCACCGGCGGAUUCACUUAAAGUGUUCAUAUGUGACCAAAGUGACAAAGAUCCCUACGGGAACAACGAUGAAAAUGAAAUAACUAAAUUGAAUGAUAGUAAGAGAUUCAAUAUUGUACCAGAAUGCGAAGCGAUCCAUAAAAACUUGAUAAAUAAAAUGCAAUGCACUACUGUUUAAUUCUAAAAUAAGUAAUAUCAAAAUAGUGCAAUAUCAAAAUCACGCCCGUGAGAUAUUUUAAGUUACUCGAUUUAUCUGUGUUUUUUAAUAAUUUUUAAGAAACAUAAAUAACUUUGAAUUUA